AUUCCAUCACCAUGAGGUGGGUGGAUGCAUGGAGGCAUGCACACAUCGAGGUGAUAGUUCCGCGCAAAGAGGAAGCGUCCUGCCCCCAUGUGACUCUUCUGGAAGGUGGGAAUACACUCAUCUACAUUCGAGUCCACACCAACGAACCUUCAUCGAUCCUCUGCGCUGGUACAUGGUUCAAGCAUCGCUCUCUCGUCACAGCCACGUGCUUGCUGUACACUGCUGACAAGUCCACGACGGUGAUGCGCGAGCUUCUCACUUUUGAACCGCAUGGGGAGUCGACCUCGUCGUUUUUUCUCCUUCGGUCAACUUGCAGCCUUCACGUCGAUGCUGCAUUCGUCGACCGACCUCUCGAGCUAUCGGUACACAUUCAAAUCGAUGGCGCGUCGGACUCGUUUGAUCAAGUAGAAUCGAGCCUCAACUACGACUUUCUGGACUCUGUCGGCAUGCCGUCGCUUGUCUCUGACGUCAGUCCAGCAUCAUGUAGCCCCGUGGUGCACGAACUCAAGUUCAGUCCCUCCGUCGUUCUACUGCGUCCUCUGCAUAUAUCCCAUGUCCUUCAUCACGAUCCAUUGGACCCGCCUACGUCUGUGGUACUGCAACUCACCAACGUCCACGCCAGCCACACCAUCACCGUGGCGGACGUAUUCCUCCACAGCCCUGUCCCCCACACUGGCGGUAGUAAUACUACUAGUACCUGCUCCUCCUCCAUAGCCCAGGAACCUCCAAUCGAACACUUUCCCGCUGUCGUUGGACCUGGGGAAUCGUUCCAAGUCGUGUGGAGUGUCGCCGACUCCUAUACCACCACAACCUCCAGCUUUACCGCGUCAGUGACGUGGCAUAUGACCAGUGACAGUGCUCCACAAGAACUUGGUGAUCCAGCCAUGACGUGGCAUCACGCCAUCCCGUUGCCGCCAUCUGACCCGCCCGGGGAAGUUAGCAGCAAGGCAGUAGUGCGUCGAAUGAGCUCGACGAGUGUGUCCGCGCGAUGGGUGGCGUCGUCGCCGGCUUUGUCCUCUGGAGUGGUGUCGUCAGCGCACAUUCACGUGACUAACCACUCGGACGUUGCGAGGACAGGUGUUGUGCUCUUGCUUCCGUACCAGCCCCGACACCACUGGCAUAACAAAAUAGAGCUGGCCGACCACGACUCGACGGCUAGUAGUAGUACUAGCCACAUGCACCUGCUGGCGUUGGCGACGCAGCUGACGGCGCAAGCACCCACGGACUUCGUCCAUGUUCAAGCCUCGUAUGCGUUGGGGACGCUUGGCGGUGGAUGUACUGCGGUGGUGCCGGUGGAAGGUGUUCCGCUGACACUUGGCCGCCUUCGCAUGGAGCAUGCUGUGGUGUUUGAUGGCGGAAACCAAGUGUUCUAUCGACAAGACAAGGCCUGGGAUGUCGUCUGUGAUGCGGACGCAUCUGUCCAUAGUGUCGCCUGAAGUACUUUAGUUGGGGAAGUUUAUCGUUGUGCAUUUCACCCAAGAAUUUGGACUUUUGAGUGAUUUCGCCAAUAAGUUACGCCCCGAACUGGACCGCGCACAAGCCCUAAUAUGGCAUUCGAAUCCACAUGAUCUCACUUACUGUUAAAUUACUGUUAAAGCUUGUACACUCCAAUUUUCAGAAAUAGCAUGAGCCAAU